CUGAUUCCUACUUUCAGUGACAACUUGACUAAGUGGCUUUCGUUUUGGAAUUCUCUUAAAAAUUGUUUAGAAAAGAAUAAUAAGUUAAACAAUAUACAAAAAGUGUCACAAUCAAAGGUUUUGGCAGGAGAAACAAAAAAUAAACGUACCUUGAAAGAAAGGUAUGAUAAACCUGAGGAAGCAGCAGAAAUAUUAGUAAUAAAAUCAGUUGAUUUACCUGUAGGGAACAGUAGAAUAAUAAUAGAUAUUAAUCAUAUAAUAAUUAGAAUGCUUAUUGAGAAAAAGAUACCACUACCUAUGCUAAUGAAAGCGAAAAGGAAGCAAUAUGAAUAAGA